AUGUGCCGCUGUGGUGCGGGGGAAAGUAAAGCGGCGGCGACGCUCUAUGUUACGGUGGCUGCUCACGCUGGCGCUCGCCUAGCGGCGUCGUGCCCAGUGGUAGACCGCGACGGUGCGCUUCACCAACCCCAGCCUUCUGAGCUCAAGCAGGCCGCGUUCAAUGGCAGGAUAGUUGUAGUGGACGACCGCAAUGUCAGCCGAUACGUGGAGCCCGCGUCGGACCUUCUGAGCUCCCGCUGCGUGGGAUUCGACCUGGAAUACGUGCCGGACUAUUACGCCUCUGCGCUGCGGGAUAGGAGCGCCAGAACGCGUCCUGCGGUGAUCCAGAUCGCCAGCAAUGACAUUUGCCUGGUGUACCUUGUCUACAAGAUCGGCCACUUGCCGGAGUCCAUUUCGUCUGUUUUGCGGGAUCCGGCGGUUCUAAAGGUUUCGCACGGCGCGCCGUCUGACAUGCGCCUGCUGUACCGUCAUUUCGGGGUGCAAAGCCAGAACUUCGUCGACCUGCAGCAGGUGUGCCAAGAGAUGAGGCUGCGCCCCUGCAGCCUCAAAAACGUAGUCGAACACGUGCUGGGUUUGCGGCUGACCAAAAAACAUCAGUGCUCGAACUGGGAGGCAGCGUCUCUUUCCCAGGAGCAGAUCCAGUACGCCGCAACAGAUGCGUGGGUGACGCUCGAGGCGUUCUUGCGCAUAAAACCGCGGUCGGUGCAGAAGCUGCUAGUGAACGACCACGGAGACGUGGAAUUCGUCGAUUCCAAGGCUUCUGAUGGCAAAACUAGCCGGACCGCUUGA